AUGUCUGGCCGCCCUGUCCUAUCUCUGCCCCUACGGCAAGCCUUCAGACAACUCCCGCGAUCGUCCCGACGAAUCCAUAAUGCCUCAGCACGCCCAACGUUCCAGCGCAGUCCAACCCAAUGCCUCCACCAACGACGACAUGCAGGCUCUUUCAGCGACAACGCGAAGAAACUCUUCCGCGAUUCCCCUUUCUCCAUCUCCAUGGCCGCUAUAGCAAUACUCCUCGGAGCCGGCGGUGUAAUGUACGCAAACUACAUUUACCAAUCCUACAUCAUCGCCUCGUUUCACAACUACCCCGAAGAAGUCGCCAAGAAGCUCCGCCGGGCAAUAUUUUACACGAAUGUCGACCUCCAGCCACAGGAAGCGAUAAAGUACUACCGUCAAGCAUUACAAGUGGCGGACGAAGUAGGGAUGGAUCCCUUCAGCGACGAGAUCAUGGGUGUGAAGAUUCAGGUCGCGAAGCUUAUGGAGGACAUUCAGCAGUGGCAUAAGGCGAUCGAGGUGCUGGAACGAGUACGAGCAGACAACUUCGCAUGGCUUGCGCAACGCGGUGGGCUACCUGAGAACAAGAAGAAGAGGACGAACGUUUUGGCGAAGACGGUGGGCAUCAGUGUAAAGCUGGGGGAGCUGUAUGGAGCGCCUGCUAUUUACGAUCGGGAACUGGCGCAGGAAAGGUUGGUCUGGGCUGUGGAGACGGUUUUGAAAGAGCGCCAGCGAAGGCAGAGUCAGCAGGUGAAUGAGGAGGAAGAGGGACCCUGGAUGAACGAUGAGGAGGUUGGUGCGGCGCUGGAGUCGCUUGCACAUAGCUAUGAGGCGAAGGACCAACACUACCUCGCGACACCACUCUUCCUCCAAGCAUUGAGCCUCUACCCCAACAAAGAUUGCCACCAAGUUAUCCUCAUGAACAACCUGGCCUCCAGCCUCGCACAGCAAUCACCCCAAGCAUCUCGCGAAGCUCAAGUACACGCAACGUCCCGCAACAUAAAUGAGCGACCUACAGGCCCGGCAGCAUCGAAGGAGAGCAUGAUUGAGAAUGCAAGAAUAUGGGCACAAAAGGCGCUGGAUGUUGCAGCUGCUAUCAAGCCUCCUGUUCGCAACGGGGAGUGUGAUGUAGGAUGCGCGGUGGCUUUGCACAAUCUGGGAGAGUUCGCAGAGAUGGGCAAGGAUAUCGAUUUGGCGAAGCGAAAGUACCAAGAAGCAAUUGGUCUGGCGCGAGCAAUUGGUUUUCAGGAGGGCAUUGAGCAGAGCUCCGCUCGACUGCGCGAGCUUGCUAAGGCAGGUUGA